AUGUACUACCCCACGUGUGCAUACGCCUGUCACGACGGUGUAAGCCAGUAUCAGCUCAGCUGCUCUAUGGUUAUGAAACCUGGAAGCAUGGGCGGUGGACACCAUCCAAUGGGAAAGUUCAUGACCGACCCCGAUUGUUACGCGACCGACGAUAAUUUCCUCCGAAGUGUUGCCUACUGCAUCAGCAGCCGUUGUUCCGACGUGCCCGUUUCCGAUCUCGAAUAUUACUGGACUCAUUAUCUCGUCGGUCGCUAUCCCGGACUACCUAGCCCUAAGGAGCCAUACUCGGUCGCGUUAUUGCACGCUGAUCCACCGCCCCGUGUAGUCGUUCCUCCCGGAGGAUUACUUAAUACAACUACUCUGGUUAGCGAUAAAACUUACUGGGAGAGUUAUAAUUCCGACUCAAGUUCCGAGUAUACGGAAACCAAGCAGACUGACUUCGGACUGGUCCUUCUAAUUACGGGUGUUUGCAUACCCAUCGCAUGUUCCCUAUUACGGUUCAUACCUUUCCCCCGUAGCAUAGCGGUUCGGUUCAACGCAUACAUUAUUGAGCCGCCUCUGUUUGGCCGUCGACACCGAGAGCCAUUCUAUGGUUUAGCCCUCGUGCCCACCCGUGGCCAAGCCUUGCUAAUAGCAUAUUUCAUAACUAUCAACGUCGUGUUUUCAUGCGUCGACUACUGGCUCGUUUCGUCUACCUCGUUCCCGGAGCCCGAGAUUGACGCGUGGAUGAAUACCAUCUCGAACCGUCUGGGUGUUUUUUGCUUUGCCAAUUUUGCCCUCUUGAUUCUCUACGCGGGUCGUAAUAAUAUUUUAUUGACCAUUACCGAUUGGUCAUACUCGACGUUCCUUCUCCUUCAUCGCUGGAUCGCAAUUAUAUGUGUACUCGAAGCAUGCAUACACUCGGUGAUGAAGUUGCGCAUAGCCCUCGACUUCCACGACUUCUUUGAAGAGGGCAAGUCAAAAUACUGGAUUUGGGGAACCAUUGCCACCUUAUCGUUUUGUCUCAUCCUUCCAAUGAGCAUACUUCCCCUACGACAGAAGCUGUACAACUUGUUCUUGGCCUCUCAUUUCGCACUGGCGUUCCUAGCCUUGAUCGCUUGUUAUUACCAUGUGUACUACCGGUACGAAAACAUGUGGGGAUACGAGACGUGGAUAUACAUCGGCUUCGCUCUAUGGGGUUUCGAAAGGUUUAUGCGCCUAGCUCGAAUGGCGAGAAAUGGAAUCAAGAAAGCUACGAUCACUGUUGUCGAUGAGCAAUACCUCCGCGUCGACAUUCCAGGUGUUACCGCAGAAGGUCACGCAUACCUCUACUUCCCAACCUUGAGCUUUCGCGUGUGGGAAAACCACCCCUUUUCUGUCAUGGGCACUAUGAUGCUCCAAGAGCCGUCUAAGACACCUAAUCCUAGCACCACGACUACCGGAGAGAACAUUAGCCGGGCUACGAGCGACAUCGAAAAGAUGCCCGCCGCUCAAGAAUCUACGCUCACUUCUCUAGACUUCAGCGGUACUAGUACUCCACAGGACCAAAGUCCGUCUUUUAAACCAGGUCUCACGUUCUUCAUCAGCUCCACUAAGAAGGGACUGACGAACACCCUGCGCCAGAAGACGACACUUCCCGUCCUCGUCGAGUCCUCCUACGCUGCUACUGCACUAGACGAGUUGCGGCGAGUUCCGAAUUGUAUCGUCAUCGCGGGUGGUGUCGGUAUCGCGGCUAUGGGCCCACUCCUUCGUACCCGCGGCUGUCGCACUCGCCUCUUCUGGGGCGCGAGAAGUCAAGCAUUCGUGGAAGCGGUCAAAGCGUCGCUAGGCCCGGAUGUACUAGUUCCGAAUAUCGUGGGCGAGAUCGCAGUCGGUAGACGAAUAAACGUUCGCGCUAUCCUAGAGUCGGAAGUUGUAGGUGAGGAUGAGACGGCUGUGGUUGUGUGUGGCCCGGUUACUAUGGCGGAUGAGGUUAGACAGGUUGUGUGCGAGCUCGGGCGUAAGGGCAGACAUGUUAAACUGUUUGAUGAGGCGUUUAGUUGGUAA